AUGUACUCUUGGCACUUGAUAUUAGAAUGCCUGAUUCCAUCAUACACCUCCGUCACUGAAAAUGAUAGUACUACUAGCAUUGCCUUGAACGAUCGGCUUGCAGGUGAUGACUCAGAGGUUGCCGAUGUGGCUCAUGCCGCUCCCUCCCCUCUUUCAGGCGCCUCUCCAACCGCCUCCCCUUCUCUCCCUGUGGACUUAACUACAUCCUCUGUGAUCGGUCACGAGCGGUUGAGAACGGUGGAGGGGAGGCAAUGGGCGGUGCAUCACUGGCAGCAGGUGCAGGUGCAGCUGGUGGCGGCAGAGGCCGGGGCGGAACUGCGCAUGCCACCGCUGCUGCUGUGCCGCGCCGACAGCGACAAACACACCCUCGCCUCCUCCCCGCACUCGCUCUCCCUCUCCACCAGCAACACUGCUGCUGCUGAUGCUGAUGCUGUUGCUGCCCAGCCCCUUUCUGUCUCCUCCCCACCGUCCUUUCCCUUCGCUGCAGUGGAGAGUGAACUGGUUUCUGCCGCUGCCGCCGCCGGGGGUGCAGGGGCUGCUGGGGAGCCUGGGGGGGAGACUGCUGGGGUUGGUGCUGCCCCUGGUGCUGCUGGGGGUUCGGAAGGAGCUGGAGGCCCAGGUGGUGAGUCAAAACUGGCAAUGUUCCUGAAGGGAAGAGAGGGAGGGGAGGAGGGGAGGAAAAGAGAGAUGCGUAUUAGCGCUGAGAAACUGGGAAGUUCAGGGGAGGUGCUAGUGAACUAUGCAGAUGAAGCAGAUGCAGAUGAAGGAGGUGAAUAUGAAGAGGAGAGUGACAAUAGCAUGGGAGCAGUGACCAUCUGCCUGCGCCCCUUCCACACGAAUCAAAUGUUCUCUGACAACAUCGCUGUAUCCGAUGAGCGAUUACUCGAGUGGAUCGAUGCAUCUCUACUGAUGGGUGUCGACCGCAUCUAUGUGUACGACCGCUACGCCACAGCCAAGCGCGACCUGCUGCUGCCAUACAUGGCCCGGGGGCAGGUGGUGCACGUGCCGUUCCCCCCCUGGUCAGAGGUGUUCUAUCGCCAGGAGCAGUUUGCUGGGAAGGGCAACAAUCCGUAUGCGGUGAGCAGCAUUUUUCUCUCGUCUUUGUGA